AUGCUCGCUCGACAUAAAGAAAAUAUGGGAUUAGAAACUCUUUGGCGAGAAAUGGCCGAAAUCUGUCCAGUGUUUGCCAUAAACGGCGAAAACGUCAAAAUCAUCAAAGAACCGUCGACAUUUUACAGAACCUUAUUGGAAUUGUCAGAGAAGGCGUGUCGUCGAAUUGUCCUCUCUUCGCUUUACCUCGGUACUGGAGGCCUGGAAAAGAACCUGGUUGACACCUUAACAAACGCUCUGUCCAAAGGAGUACGAAUUACUGUACUUUUGGAUUACAGUCGUGGAACCAGGGGCGAUCCGGACUCUUGCUCGAUGUUGCUGCCACUUUUGACUGACAACCGCGGUAACACCGGGGUGUAUUUGUUUCAUUCUCCACUUCUUCGAGGUAUCUUAAAGCUGCUUCUGCCCGUUCGAUGGAACGAGAUCAUCAGUGUUCAGCACAUGAAGCUUUACAUAUUCGAUGACACUCUCAUCAUUAGUGGCGCCAACCUGAGCCACGACUAUUUUACAAGCCGUCAAGAUCGCUACAUCACGAUCUCAAACUGUGGUCCCUUGGCAGAUUUUUACACGGACCUUGUCGCCGCGGUUAGUCGUUUUUCGUUUCAAUUGCAUCCUAACGGUCAGCUGAAUCUGUCGAGUGGCACAGUGCACCCCUUUUUAGGUAUUUGUUUUCUUUUUAAAAUAAUUAAACUGAAUAUAAAUGAAUGGAAUUAAUU